UGAAGAUUUCAAUAGCCAGUUAAUACUAAGAAGUCAUUACCUACUAAAUUUAAUGUCUUUUAUUUUAGUAAAUUGUUUUGUGUAGCCUCUGGUUAUCGCAAUAAUUAUCAGCUACUAAUUAAUAUCCUCAGUAUUAUUAAUAGUCGCGUAAUAACCGAUUACAGUCAACAAGAACAUCGUUGAGUGGUCGUUUUAUAAUUAAGUAUUCAGAUACUUAUAAAUACAUGAACGAUAUAAAUAUAAUUUUUAAGUAAACUUCAGUAGACCUACUUACUGAUAAAUAUAUAUAAUAUUUUGUGGAACAAAGUAUUUAUAAUAAUAAUAAUAAUAGAGGAUCAAAAAUGCCGUCAACUUGCGGGGACGUACAAGAAAUUUCAGUAAUACCAGCCCAUAUGAGUGUACUAGACGGACAGUCAAGUACCGACAGCGUAGGAACAUACAGCGAUGUAUCCGGAAACACAACAAUAUCAACAAAACCAAAGAUCCAGGUGGUCUGUGUGAUUGAUCUCAGCCAGCCAGAGAACCUCAACCACCGGAAACGCGCAUUAGAGGAAAUAAAACAAGCGUGUUCCCUAGUAAACACCAGUUUCAAACCAGUGCAGUUUGAAAAACUCGACUUCGGGGAGACAAAUGUUCUGGAUUUAUUUUACAACGCGGAUGUUGCUGUUGUCGACUUGAGCGUCCGAGAUCAGCAGUCAGCUCUAUUCUACCAUUUAGGCGUGCGGGAGAGCUUUGGUAUGAAAGAAAACAUAAUGCUGUUCAAUGACAUCGACAAUGAAGCAACCGUGCGUUUGAAAGUGUCCUGCUGCAACUACACAUUUGUCUCUUACCGCGUGCUCGAAUGCGGCACUUGCGUUGCCACAAAAACUUUGACAACCGCCCGAGCUGGUGAAGAAAUUCUCGAUCCUAAGCAGCAUUUGACAUUGCGGUUAAAAAAAUUACUCCAAGAUGUCGAGGUGCAAUCGAAGGCACACAUGAAAGAAAAAUUUCUCGCGGAUUUACGAAAAGCCCGCGAAAGUUUUUCCGGAGUUGAAUUAGCGCGUGCGCUAAAUAACAUGCGCAAACGUCUUGAUGACCCCAAUGUAUUGUCUGGGGAAGUGAUACUGAAUGUACUGAUAUCAUUUCGCGAGAUUCAAGAUUACGAUGCGAUGGUACAGCUCGUAGAAGAUCUCCACACUAUUCCUAAUCACAAAACUUACAUAAACACACCAAUGAUCUGUUAUCUUUACAGUUUCGCUCUCAGCCGUCGUAACAAAGAGGGUGAUCGUGAACGUGCCGUUCGUCUUGUCGAGAAAGCGCUCGAAAAAAAAGAAAAUCACGUACCCGAUAUGCUCUGUCUCUGUGGGCGUAUUUACAAAGACAGAUUUGUUGAAAGCCGUCAUACUGACCAGGAAAGUUUGAAAAACGCAAUCCACUGGUACCGCAAAGGCUUUGAAGUUCAGCCGAACGAGUAUGCGGGUGUCAAUUUAGCGACACUGCUGGUAAUUGCGGGAAAUGAAUUUUCUACAAGUGAAGAGCUGCAGCAUAUUGGGAUGGUGCUAAAUAAUUUAAUUGGUAAGAAAGGAAGUCUGUCGAGUCUUAAAGAGUACUGGGAUAUCGCGACAUUCUUUGAGAUCAGUGUCCUAGCUCAGGACUACGCCAAAGCAAUCCAAGCUGCUGAGUGUAUGUUCAAAUUAAAGGCGCCAAAUUGGUAUUUGAAAUCGACAAUUGGUAAUAUUUCCCUGAUAAAUAGAUUUAGAAAAAAAAAUGAAGAGGGUGAGCUGUCACCCGAGGAACAAAUAUUUAGUUUCUGGAUGGAUUAUUUUAUUGAAGCGACAAAGAAUGACGUAAAUAAUUAUAUACGAUUUCCGUUAUUGAUACUCGAGCCGUCUAAAAUAUUGAUGCCGUCUUACGUCAAUGUAAAUCUGGGUGCUGAAGAAAAGUCUAUUCAAAUAGUCAACAUAUGUUUGAAUUGUUUAAAAAAUAAUUGCAAGCAGGUUCACGAUUGGCUGUUUACUGCCAAUAUGAUUCGUAGUGUCAGUUUAUACAAACGCGAUAAAAGAUGUUUGUUUUUGUACGUCCAUGAAAAUUCAGACGACUUUCAAAUGUAUUUUCCGUCUGAAUUGUGCAGGCAGAGGUUUUAUGAUCUGGUGCUGGAGAUGACGGCUGAUCAGGAGGGAAUGGUCACUAAUUUAGACGCUUAUAUGACUGAUGGACAGAUUAAAUAUGAGUAUGAGCUGGAUGAUCAGAACAAACGCACGGUACUUGGCAAGGGUACUUAUGGGAUUGUUUAUGCGGCGCGUGAUUUAAAUACACAGGUCAGAAUCGCUGUCAAGGAAAUACGAGAGAAAAAUCUGGGCGAUGUGCAGCCACUUCAUGAGGAAAUUAAACUGCAUAGUCAGCUGAGGCAUCGUAAUAUUGUUCAGUAUCUGGGAUCGAUAAGUGAGGAUGGAUAUUUUAAAAUAUUUAUGGAACAAGUACCUGGAGGUAGUUUAUCUGCUUUGUUAAGAUCAAAGUGGGGACCACUCAAGGAGAACGAAUCAACGAUAUCGUAUUACACUAAGCAAAUUCUUGAAGGAUUGAAAUAUCUGCACGAUCAAAAGAUCGUUCACCGUGAUAUUAAAGGUGACAAUGUACUGGUCAAUACAUACAGCGGAGUUGUUAAAAUAUCAGACUUCGGAAUGUCUAAACGACUGGCCGGACUUUGUCCAAGUACUGAAACAUUUACCGGGACAUUGCAGUACAUGGCACCAGAAGUUAUUGACAAAGGACAGCGUGGCUACGGCGCACCGGCGGAUGUAUGGUCAUUGGGUUGCACGGUAGUAGAAAUGGCGACAGGAAAGCCUCCCUUCAUCGAGCUCGGUUCGCCUCAGGCUGCAGUAUUCAAGGUGGGAUAUUACAAGAUACAUCCGGAAAUACCGUCGGAGUUAUCAGAGCGAGCUAAGAAUUUUAUAUUACGUUGUUUUGAACCCAAUCCAGAUGUCAGAGCUCCUGCUGCAGUUCUUCUAGAUGACCCAUUUUUAUAUGAAAAGAAAAAAAGUUCACGUUUACCAGCACCACCGGAUUUCAGUCGCAGUAUUUCAGUGCCGGGUGAUCGGAUUGAACGACUGAAUAACAACAACAUUAACAACAAUAAUCGAGAUAAAAUAAACAAUAAUAUUAUUUCAACUCCACCGAUCCAAGCAUCACAAUCCGAUGACAGUAUAAUAUGUAGCGGAGUGAUGACCAAAUCAAGUCCAUUGAAAGAUCGGAGUCCAGCACAUCUUUUGUCUCCCAUCAGAAUUCCUACUGCUUCUUUAUCUUUCAACAGCACACUUGGAAGCACGCCAUCGAUAGACACAAGCGAAGAAGUGGGCUGCACUAUGACGCGACGCAGUUCUUCAGGUGGAUUAAUGUCACCGGAAGUCGAAUUGACUGGGCAGCCUGGACAGAAAGGCGCCGGUGAAGAGCAAGAGGGUUUUUAUUUACUUAAAAAAGACAGCCAGCGGCGGAUGACCCUAACGAGGGUACUGAGUCAGGAUGAGGCGACGCUCUGCAAAGUUUGGAUGCGAAAUAUCGUCCAAGAUGGGGGACAAACUGUAAUACGCAUGCCGCAUUUAGAACUUCUGAUGCGUGGCUUACGUGAUUAUAUAUCUGAUCGCAAUCAAGACUCAAUUACUACGGCAUUGCGUACACUUAAAGAAGAAUUGGAGUUUGACUCGACGACAAUUAAUCAGCUACAAUUGGCUAUUUAUUUAUUUCAAACUGCUGUUAAUGAAGUUCUCAGAAUGCACAGUAUUAAACCCCACUGGAUGUUUGCCUUAGAUAAUCUCGUUAGAAAUGCCGUUCAAACUGCAAUCACUGUAUUGUCACCUGAACUUGGUGCCGGUUUAAUUGAUCAAGAGCGAGUCCAAACUGGUGCGGACGGUCACGAAGAAGGUUCAACCUCCGCUAUGUCAACCGUUAACUCUUUAAAAUCACACAAGACUGUCGAUUCAGUGGACAACAAUAAAUAUUGGCGGGAAUAUCAUGAACAAAUGAGCCACUUGAAGUCAGACAACAUAAAACUGAUUCAAGAAUUGCUUGAGAGUCAGAAAAUCUAUCAUUCGUUGCUACAAAACGCAUUGGAGGAACAGAGAGCACAAAUAGGCCUGCUGACUCAUCUCUGCGAGGACAUAAGUAGGAAAUUCUCACGACAAGAAUCCGGAUACAACUCAAGUGUGUGUGGUAACGCAUCUUCCCCACAAACCUCGUCAGUGUUCUUGCCUCAAAUUAGUGUCACAGAUCACAAUAGCCCGUCAAAUACUGACGGCAAACUCGUUGAAUGGCUUCAAGGUCUUGGCAUAGACGAUAUGUCUAUCGAAAGGAUUUUAUAUGAAGAAUACACAUUAGAAGAUAUUCUAAUUAACAUUUGUAGAGAAGAUUUACGAAGAAUAAGACUCAAAGGUGGUAUCGAAUUGAAAAUAUGGACGGCUGUUAUGUCACACCGUAAUAAAAGUAGUAAUUAAUUCAUCAAGUUGACUAAUUUUCUUGGUUUUAUUACUAAAUAUUGAUAUUUUUUAGUUGUAAUUAUAAUUAAUUGUGACAUUUUGUACAGUAUACAUUUUUUUUAGAAUUUAUCAAGCUAAGUGUUGACUAUUGAUCACAGAGUCUACUGUUAACUUUUUAAACAAUUUAUAGCUAUUUAGUGCACUUUUUUUUAUUUGUCAUUCAUUUUUUUUCUAUGUAUUCAUAGUACAUAUUUUUUUUAUUUUUUAUUUCAUACAUCAUUAAUUAUUAUUAUUAUUAUUAUUUU